UAUAUUUGACUAGUUCCAUUGGCCUCAUAUUGGUCUUACUAUGUCUUUCUCUGACCCUCAGUGACUUUUGCUCUCAAGGGUUGGAAAAAUUGGGACAAAUGGUCACUGAGCUUAUUGAGAAUGCUUUAUGAUGCUCUGUAAAAAUAGGGUCUUGGGUGAAAAAUACACAUGGUCUCAUUGGGAGAAGAAGGCAUCAGGAAAGGGAAGGGGCUGGGGAUUGAAACUCCCUGGGCCUUGUGGCUCCAGCCUGCUGAGGACAGGAGCUUGGCUUUGAUGGCAGGCCUUUGGUGAUAUUUCUGGCUGCCUGGCCCCAAGGGUAUGAACUGGAGUGUGUUCCCAGCUCGCCACGGGGAACUUUCUGGAUGGCUUUAUUAUUCAGAGCAUAAGAUGCUUUGGCUCCAAUAGCCGGAGACAGUCAGCGAUUCUGCAGAGCUGGGUUCUCAGCAGCAGAGGUGAGCAUGUGGGUGGUUUCAGACACAGGAGGUUUGGCUCAGUCCUUUUUAGAGCUAGCCUUCCGCAAAGCAGCCAGAAUCACUUGGCCCCCUGGGCCCUAAUCCAGGCCUGAAAUGUGACAGGGUGGGGAGAAAUGGGAAGGGAGUGGCCUCUGACUGUAUCCUCCCUGGACUGGAGCACUUAGAGGGUGGGGAAUGCAGCUGAUUCUUUUUUGUAUCUCCCAAGCCUGAUGCCCUGGGACAGGUGUCUUGUAUCUCAUAUGUUGAGGGCUUACUAUAUGCUAGGCAUUAGUUCAUUUAAUCCUCACAACAACCCCAUGUGAUAAGUUCUGCUAUUAUUCUCAUUUUAUAGGUAGCUGAGGCUCAGGGUAGUGGAGUAGGAUUCACAGAGAUUACAAAGCUGUGCUACCCUGUCGUCUCAGCAUGGCCCUCAGAGAGCAGACAGUCAGCAGAGUGGGAGGGUGGUGAGGAUUCUCUUACAUGUGGCUGCUUGGGGUGAAGCCUGGAAUAGAAAGCAGCUAACUCCUGGGACAAGCCUUCAACUUGGUACAGAGCCUUGACCAUCCUGGCUCUAAGAAGUAUGACAUUAACUAUUUGGAGAAUAACGUAGAAUGUAGCAUUUUGUCGCUUCGCUAAGGCCUUACUUUAUAUCAAUAAUAAUACAAGUACAUAACCAAUCCAUUAAGGUCUUAUUUUUGUUUGUUUGUUUGUUUGCGGUACACGGGGGCCUCUCACUGUUGUGGCCUCUCCCGUUGCGGAGCACAGGCUCUGGACGCGCAGGCUCAGCGGCCAUGGCCCACGGGCCCAGCCGCUCCCCGACAUGUGGGAUCUUCCCGGACCAGGGCACGAACCCACGUCCCCUGCAUCGGCAGGCGGACUCUCAACCACUGCGCCACCAGGGAAGCCCCAAGGUCUUAUUUCUUUUCAGUCACUGAGGCAGGGGCUUUAUGUAUAUCAUUUCAUUUAAUCCUCACAUCAAGCCGUGAAUAGGUAUUAUUAUCCUUCUGAGGAGAGAGACAUUAAAUAACUUGGCCAAGGUCACAGCUAGUGAGUUACAGAGCCAGGAUUCAACUGAAGAAUGCGUGGCUCCAAGAUCUCCUGAUUCUCUGAGCAUCAGAGACCUGGCUCAAUUCCUGGUUCCUCCAUGAACCAACGGUGUGCCCUUGGCAAGUUGGUUAACUUUUCUGGGCCUCAUUUUCCACAUCUGUGAAAUGGGUAGGUUGAGCUAGAUGAUGUGUUAGGCCCCCUCCGUCUCUGAUAUCUAGACUUUGAACCCCUUGAAGGAUAUCACUUAUGUAUCCCCAGCACCUAGCAGAGGGCCUGGCCCAGAGUGGGUCUAAGUCCAAGUCUGUUGAGCUAAAUCUAUCCUGAUGGGGCCCCAGCUCUUAGCUCCACAAGUAGUUGCCAUUUCCAAAUCUCUGCAUUUCAUAGCCUCCCCCAUCCAAAGAUACCAUAAUUUAUCCAUUUUGAUUGUUUUCCAUUUUUCGUAUUAAAAAAAAAAUGUUACUGGCCCAGGGAGGUGGGGCCUGCCGCCAGGGGGAUCCGUCCGCUGUCGUUGCAAAGUGGAACUCUGCCACGCGGUCAGCCUGCCACACGGUCAUUCUGCCGGCAGGCACUGUACAAAUCCAUGGGGAGAAAAGUCCAAGCAGUGAGGCCUCCGCUGCACCGGCCAUCCUCUUCUCCCAGGCCUGGGCCCUAGUUGGCCCUCCUGCCUCCCCUGCCCCGCCCUGCACAAGGGGGCUUGCGAAUGGUCAGGCAGCCACCCAGACGCCUUCCUUCCUCUCCAGACAAGAUGGCGGGGUGCGAGGCUGGUGUGGCUUUAGGGCAGCUGCACCUUUCUCGGCAAGAUCUCAACACUUUGGAUGUUACCAAGUUGACGUCACUUUCACAUGAAGUUAUCAGCAGACAGGCCACAAUCAAUACAGGUACAAUUGGUCAUGUAGCUCAUGGGCAAUCUACGGUUGUAAAAGCUGUUUCUGGAGUUCACACUGUCAGGUUCAAAGAUGAACUAGAAAGAAACAUUACAAUCAAACUUGGCUAUGCUAAUGCUAAGAUUUAUAAACUUGACGACCCAAGUUUUCCUUGGCCAGAAUGUUAUAGAUCCUGUGGAAGUAGUACACCUGAUGAGUGUCCUACAGAUAUUCCAGGGACCAAAGGGAACUUCAAAUUAGUCAGACAUGUUUCCUUUGUUGACUGUCCUGGCCACGAUAUUUUGAUGGCUAUUAUGCUGAACGGUGCCGCAGUGAUGGAAGCAGCUCUCCUGUUGAUAGCUGGGAACGAGUCUUGUCCUCAGCCUCAGACUUUCAAAUACCUGACUGCUAUAGAAAUCAUGAAACGGAAGCAUAUUUUGAUUAUACAAAAUAAAAUUGAUUUGGUAAAAGAAAGCCAGGCUAAAGAACAGUAUGAACAGAUCCUUGCAUUUGUACAAGGUACAGUAGCAGAAGGAGCUCCUAUUACUCCAAUUUCUGCUCAGCUAAAAUACGAUAUUGAAGUUGUCUGCGAGUACCUAGUAAAGAAAAUUCCAGUACCCCCAAGAGACUUUACUUCAGAACCCCGACUUACUGUUGUUAGAUCCUUUGAUGUCAACAAACCUGGCUGUGAAGUUGAUGACCUUAAGGGGGGUGUAGCUGGUGGUAGUAUUCUAAAAGGAGUAUUAAAGGUGGGCCAGGAGAUAGAAGUCAGACCUGGUAUUGUUUCCAAAGAUAGUGAAGGAAAGCUCAUGUGUAAACCCAUCUUUUCCAAAAUUGUAUCACUUUUUGCAGAGCAUAAUGAUCUUCAGUAUGCUGCUCCAGGAGGUCUUACUGGAGUGGGAACAGAAACUGGCCCCACUUUGCGCCGGGCUGACAGAAUGGUGGGGCAGGUGCUUGGUGCAGUUGGAGCUUUACCUGAGAUCUUCACAGAAUUGGAAAUUUCCUAUUUCCGGCUUAGACGGCUUCUAGGUGCACUCACUGAAGGAGACAAGAAAGCAGCAAAAGUGCAAAAGCUGCCUAAGAAUGAAGUGCUUAUGGUGAACCUAGGAUCCCUGUCGACAGGAGGAAGAGUUAGCGCGGUCACGGCUGAUUUGGGCAAAAUCGUUUUGACUAAUCCUGUGUGCACAGAAGUAGGAGAAAAAAUUGCCUUUAGCCGAAGAGUUGAGAAACACUGGUGUUUAAUUGGUUGGGGUCAAAUAAGAAGAGGAGUGACAGUCAAGCCAACAGUAGGUGAUGACUGAAGAAUUAAAUAACAGAUUUGGAUGAAGUCGGAAUUUCUCUUCACCUAGGGGUAUAUUUUCAAAGCAAUAGUGAGGAAUUAAUUUCACAGCUCAUUACCUUAGGAGUAGCUGUAAGGUUAUUCUCAUUUUUUAGUGAUGAAAAGUUAACCUCUAAAAUAGGGUCUACAAUAAAUGUAAAAAUGGCAUAAUGUUGGCAUAAUGUUGGAUUGAAUCUACAUUUUACCAGAAACUAAUCAUUCCCAAAUAAUGUCUAAUUUAUACAUCAGUGCAGGUUUGAAAGGAAACUGCUACAACUAGCCUUUGCUGUAGCACA